AAAUGUUAUGAACAAAAACAAUACAAAAAUGGGCUCAAGUUUUGCAAGAUGAUCCUUUCCAACCCGAAGUUUGCUGAACAUGGAGAGACCUUGGCUAUGAAAGGACUGACCUUGAACUGUUUAGGGAAGAAAGAAGAAGCAUACGAAUUUGUUCGUAAAGGACUUCGUAAUGACGUAAAGAGUCAUGUCUGUUGGCAUGUGUACGGACUCUUGCAGCGUUCUGAUAAGAAAUAUGAUGAAGCUAUUAAAUGUUAUCGAAAUGCUCUCAAAUUAGAUAAAGACAAUCUACAGAUCCUAAGAGAUCUUUCAUUGUUGCAGAUCCAAAUGAGAGAUCUAGAAGGAUACAGAGAAUCCAGACAUCCUAAAGACCUGCUGGAAUCUUACAUGCUUGAGUCACAUCUGCUCAGACACAACCUCCUCCCCCACCUCUCUGGACUUCCGACGUUCCCCUCUUACUCCUCCAAGAACAGCAUCUUUCUUCCCUAGUGCUGGGGAUGAGUUCCAUCAUGCUCUCAAAUGUGAAAUCUGUGCAAUCUACUUGAUCUGCAUGUCAUCACUAUACACAGUCUACACCUGUACACUAACCUGUUAUGGGCCACUGGAUGGAACAGCUGAGGAAGUGCCUCAUGCAGCAAAGCUGGAGACUUACACCUUCAACUUCUUGAUCAAUAUAUUGGUGAUCAGAGACUGACCCUCCCUCCAAAUGAGGGUGAAGAGGAGGAAGUUUAAUCAACAUUUCUUUUUUUUCCUUCCCUAAUAAGGCUAUCAUGCCACCAACUGCUACUGCUGAUGACUUCAAAUGCUUCCAGAAAUAAUUCCACAGGAUUGCAUACUUUUUCCUGGAUUCUCUUUGAGGAAGAAAAAGAUCGGCACUAUCAAUAGCUAGAUAUCCUGCUGACACCUUCCUCCUCCAAAAUUGCCCUAUCAGUGAGGCUUUCUUGAUCCUGUCAGAGUGCCCUGCAGAUCUGUGUAUCCAUCCUUCUGACUUGCAGAUGAGCAGACAAAAAAUAUUAUGGUCAUACAAAUGAUAUAGAAUAUUUUGCCUCCAAUUCCAAGUUCCGUAGUGGUUAAUACCGUGCAAGAAGGACAUUAUCAACCACUAUCUACCCAUCAGACCAGAGAUGGGAAACUGUUGGACUUGGAUGCAAGGCUGCUGCUUCUGUGAUACUGAAAUUUUGCAUAUUGAAUUAUGCAGCUCUCAAAGCCAAGUAUAAUUACUUGAACUACUCCUGUCUAGAGGAAUUCUGCCAAGAAAGAGCAAAUAAGGUUCCUUAUCUAUAGGACACCUCUUGGCCCAUACAGCUCUAUAAGCCUUUUUAGAUUCUAUGGAUACUGUGACUCGCUUCAUCUCAGUGGCCAUAAUCAUGAGGAGACAAGGUAUCAGUUACUUCAGCUGCGUCCAACACAACGGGCUUCAUGGAUUGGCUAUGCUAUUGCAUAUCAUUUGUUAAAAGAUUAUGAUAUGGCUUUAAAACUACUGGAGGAGUUUAGAAAAACUCAACAGAUUCCUCCAAAUAAAAUAGACUAUGAAUAUAGUGAACUAAUCCUAUACCAGAACCAGGUGAUGAGAGAGGCAGAUUUAUUUCAAGAGUCUUUAGAACAUAUAGAAACUUAUGAGAAGCAAAUAUGUGACAAGCUUGUUGUAGAAGAAAUCAAAGGAGAAAUGUUGUUGAAAUUGGGAAGAUUAAAAGAAGCUGGGGAAGUAUAUAAAGAAUUAAUUGAUCGGAAUGCAGAAAACUGGUAUUAUUAUGAAGGCUUGGAAAAAGCCAUACAACCUAGCACUUUAGAAGAAAGGCUUCAGAUUUAUGAAGAAGUUAGUAAAAGACAUCCCAGAGCAGUUUCACCUAGAAGAUUACCUUUAAACUUUGUUCCAGGUGAAACAUUUAGAGAGCUAAUGGAUAAGUUCCUGCGGGUUAACUUCAGUAAAGGCUGCCCACCUUUGUUUACCACUUUGAAAUCUUUAUAUAACAAUACAGGAAAGGUAGAAAUAAUUCAAGAACUUGUUACUGCCUAUGAAGCCUCUCUGAAAACCUGUGACUUAUUUAGCCCAUAUGAAAAUGGAGAGAAGGAGCCCCCAACGACGCUACUUUGGGUUCGUUAUUUCCUGGCACAGCACUUUGACAAACUUGGCCAGUAUUCAUUGGCCUUGGAAUACAUUAAUGCUGCAAUUGCAAGCACUCCAACAUUAAUAGAACUGUUCUAUUUAAAAGCAAAAAUUUACAAGCAUUUGGGUAAUCUCAAGGAAGCUGCCAAAUGGAUGGAUGAAGCACAGUCUUUGGAUACAGCAGAUAGAUUCAUCAACUCCAAAUGUGCAAAGUAUAUGCUCCGAGCAAAUAUGGUGAAAGAUGCAGAGGAGAUGUGUUCCAAGUUUACAAGGGAAGGGACUUCUGCUAUGGAAAAUCUAAAUGAGAUGCAGUGUAUGUGGUUCCAGACUGAAUGCGCUUCAGCUUACCAGAGACUAGGGAAGUAUGGUGAUGCCUUGAAAAAAUGUCAUGAAGUGGAAAGGCAUUUUUUUGAGAUAACAGAUGAUCAGUUUGACUUCCACACAUACUGCAUGAGAAAGAUGACUCUUCGAGCAUAUGUAGACCUUCUGAGAUUAGAAGAUGUUCUCAGGAAACAUGCUUUCUAUUUCAAGGCUGCUCGAUCAGCAAUUGAAAUCUACUUGAAACUACAUGAUAAUCCUCUAACCAAUGAAAGCAAAGAACAAGAAGUGAAUUCAGAAAACCUUUCAGCCAAAGAACUGAAGAAAAUGCUUAGCAAGCAGAGAAGAGCACAGAAGAAAGCCAAACUCGAAGAAGAGAGAAAACAUGCAGAAAGAGAACGACAGCAAAAGAAUCAAAAGAAAAAACGAGAUGAGGAAGAGGAGGAAACUAGUGGUCCUAAGGAAGAACUAGUUCCUGAAAAACUGGAAAGAGUUGAAAAUCCAUUAGAGGAAGCUAUUAAGUUCCUUAUGCCACUUAAGAAUCUUGUUGCAGAUAACAUAGACACACAUCUGUUAGCAUUUGAAAUAUACUUUAGAAAAGGAAAAUUUCUAUUAAUGUUGCAGUCUGUCAAGAGAGCUUUUGCUAUCAACAGUAAUAACCCGUGGCUACAUGAAUGUUUGAUUAAAUUUUCUAAAUGUGUAUCUGAUCAUAGUAAUCUCCCUGAAAUUGUGAACAAGGUCUUAACUCAAGAAAUGCAGAAAAUCUUCAACAAAGACUUAGAAAGUUUUAAUGAAGAGUUUCUUAAAUAUAAUGCUACCUCUAUUCUGCAUCUGUUGUCAGGUGCUAAGAUGAUGUAUUUUCUGGACAAAUCAAGACAAGAGAAAGCAAUUGCUAUUGCUACUAAAUUCGAUGAAACUAUGAGAGACAAAAAUGUGAAGACUUUAACAAAAGUUUUCGAGGCACUGCUCGAUGGCAGCUUUGGAAGCUGCCACACCCAAUAUGAAGAGUAUCGGACAGCAUGCCAUAAACUGUUUCCUUUUACAUCAGCCUUUAUGCCUGCCACAAAUGAGGAUGAUAGUAGCUUUGCAUCAGUGAACCAUACAGCUGUUAACCAUGAUGUGCUCUCCAAUGAAAUUUGAUGUAGUGUACAAAUAAAAUAUUUGACUAUAUUUACAGACUGGUGGGAUGCAGAUCAGGUUUACUUUUUCAGGAUGCAUUUUUUUAUAUCUUAAAAGUAUAAAAUGAAACAUUUAGAUGGUAAAAUGAAAAUGGAGUAUGCUAUAGUGCGUUUUCAUCCAACAAGAACUGCCAUUGUUUAUGUAAGCAUCGCUAAUCAACACCUGUCAUGUAUAUUCUUGUACUGUUAAGUCUUUUAACAACAAAAUCCCCAAAUUAUGGACAUUAAAGACUGUUUUCACCUAAGUGUUGCAUAUAGAAAUAAACAAUAAUUACUUGUUAAUGAAAUUAUAAUUGAGCAGGUUUUAGCAAAAGUGCUUAAAAGUGCUGCUUGUAUCAUCUUCCUUCAUCUUUUUCUGUUUGUUUUUGGUUGGUUUAAUUUUCAUCAUUUUGGUUUCUUUUGAAGCACAUAAUUGGAAAUGUUGGUUGUUUGCAUGUUUCUUAUCCAUUCUGUGUCAUACAUGGAACUAGUGCUGGUGGAAAUGGAGGCUUGGUUGGAAAAAAGUCUUACCAUCAAUUUUAUCUACCUUUCGUUCCAUAACUGUUGUCUUUACAUUUUUUAACUGUUUAACAUUUUAAAAACAGUUAAAUACAUGUAAUUCCCUUAAAUAAUAGUGAAUGAUACUGUUUAGAUACCAUUGUCUGCCUACCUGUCUUUCUUUUUUUCAUUGCCUCUUAAUGGUUUGGAAAGGCUACUCCAGUUUUGGACAGAUGCAAAAGGUACAAUAAUGGGGAAUAUGGUUCUCCUCAGGAUCAUAAAAAUUCACUGGUAAGUUUACUGUAUACCUCCAUUAAAAGUCUUAGGUGUGGACUUAUAGCCGAUAAAUGUAAUACUUCUCUUGCCUAAAUACUAUUGCUUAAAAUGCAAAUACAAAGCAACUAGUAGUUGAGAAGUGCAUUUUAUAUUAAAAACUAUUUAAGGGAGCACAAAAAGGCUGACUACAAAUCACAAUGAACCUCUUUCUUAUUCUGUGUUUUGGAGCAUUAACUAAUAAGUGCAUAAAAUAUACAACACAUCAAAAUGAAAGUCUGAACUUAAUGUAGCUGUUUUAUAGCAUAAUAUUGCUGGACAAAAUGGCUACAUAUGACAGCUUUGCAUUCUACAUGAACUGCUAUCAAAACUUAAAUAUACUGUGGCUUGUACAGAAAAUACGUUUUCUGGAAACUGCAAUGGAAUCAUUCUAUCAGAUUGUUUUUAUUUCACUGCAAUGUAAAUAUUUUCAGUAAUAUUAACUAGCCCCUUUAAGGUUAACAUAAGUUCAAAAGGGGGAUUUUAUUAAGACAAAUAAACUGUUCUAAUUAAAAUGGUCUCCUUUGUGUGUCAUCUGUUUAGAUUAAAAUUUGUUGAAUUGGAAACUCACUGUAAAAUAAUGCCAACACUUUAUGCUGUAAUAAAUUAUUUUGUACACACU